AUGGAUGUAAUGAAGUCGAUGAUUGGUGGUGGGAAGAGUGAGAGCGCCAGCGAUGAUGUUCCCUUCAACGAAGGCGGCGACAAAAUUCCCAGCAGAGAGGAAAUGGUAAAAACCAUUGAAAGCCUUCAAAAGGCCCAAAAAGCCCAAUCUACGGCCAACGACUUGAAAUCUAGGGCAAUGGCACUUACCGACCCCAAACAACGCGAGAAAUUACUCAAGGAAGCGUUUGACAAAGAAGUAGAAGCUCACGGCCAUAGCAAGAUGGCGAGGCGGCUGCAAAGUGGCACCUGGCAGGGCUUUGGUUUUGGAGGUGGGAUUGGUGCCGCUACUGGGCUGGGUCUUGGUGCUGGAGUGGGUACGGUAUUGGGUGCUAUCGCAGCAGUUCCGACCACAGGACUGGGUAUGUUAAUUGGAAGCGGUGUUGGCGCUAUCCAUGGACCAUGGGUAAAACUGGGCGGGAAGGAGGAAAAGUUUGAGGACGCUGAUCCUGAGAAAGUCGUCGAGGCAUUGGAGCAGGAGGUCAGCCAGCAAAACAACUCAGAGGCCGAACAGGCAGCAACCGCAGCGGCGUCGAAGACAGAGAAGUCGGGGGAUAAGGGCAAUCCUGAGGAAACGCAGCGAAGAAAGCCGCCGAAGUUGGAAAUUAGGUCUAAGCAAGUCACAGAUUCCGACCAGCAACCCAAGACAGACAUAAACCCGAGCAAAAGUAUCAAGGAGGAGUCAAAACCACGGCGGAAACCGAAGAAGUUAGAGAUACGGUCUACGAAGACUAGUACACCUACAGUAUCUUAA